GCUUCCAUGGAUGACCAACAGUCUGCCAAACAAAUCUCCAGGAGGGCCCCUCCUCCUUUAACCGAGCUCGACCAAGUCCAUAUGGAUUUUGCUCUUGCCGUGGCAUUACAAGAACAGGAGAGUGCUUUCCCGAUGCUAACAACCACCACCACAGAAAGCAAUAGUGAUGCUUCGGAUGAAGAUGCUGCAGGUGAUGCAAUUAACAGUGAUGAUGAUUUUUUUGAGGACAGCCAGGAUAUCCUCCAAGCUGAUCAAUUACAGUUUGUGGGAGGCGGAGAAAGCAACAACGAUCAGGAGAUGGAGGAAGAUGAUAUUGAUCCUGAUGAACUCUCGUAUGAGGAAUUGAUUGCUUUGGGAGAGAUUGUUGGAGAAGAGAGCAAAGGACUAUCACCGGACCAGAUCUCUUCAUCCCUGCAUCCCUAUUCUUGCCCAUAUGUGGAUUGCAAAACUGUAAUUGACCGGUGUGUAAUAUGUCAAGUGGAAUACGAGGAAGGUGAAAAGCUUGUGGCACUUUCUUGCGAUCAUCCAUACCAUUUGGAAUGCAUAAGCAAGUGGCUUCAAAUUAAAAAGGAAGAGAGGAGGGGCAUUGAUAGUAUAGUUCAAAGAAUUUCUUCAGAGUUAGAGAAUAGUUUUCAAAGACAAGAUCAAGCAAGAAAAGAUGAAGAUGGAGGUUUCCACAUCCAUGAAGUCUUCUUCCUUUUCCAUGAGUGGCUAAACUCUUUCUAAAUGAUUGAUGUAACUCUAAUCUUAACUCUAAUGGUUUAAUUAUAUAUUUUAUUGGGAUUAUUUAUUGUAUGAUGAUUGCACGAUUAAGGGCAAAACAAUGAUUGUACCUUGCU